CGGUGCCGGGCGCGGGCCCGCCCACUUCCGCCCCACGCGGAGGCCGGGCUCGGUGCCGCUUCCGCCCGGCGCCGCUCGGCCGGCGGGGAGCAUGACCCAGGCGGAGAAAGGCGAGGCGGAGAACGGGAAGGACAAGGAGCGCGACCGGGAGCGCGAGCAGCGCGGCGUCAAGCGGCCCAUCGUCCCCGCCGCCGUGCCCGAGUCCCUGCAGGAGCAAAUACAGAGCAACUUCAUCGUGGUGAUACACCCCGGCUCGACGACUCUGCGGCUCGGGAGGGCCACGGACACGCUGCCCGUGGGCAUUCCGCAUGUCAUCGCGCGGCGACACAAGCAGCAGGGACAGGCGGCCUACCGGGACAGCUGGCUCCUGAGGGACGGGCUCAACAAACCUGAAAGUACCGAGCAGAGACAAAAUGGCCUUAAAAUGGUGGACCAAGCAAUAUGGUCCAAAAAGAUGUCAAAUGGCGCAAGGCGUAUACCAGUGUCACCUGAUCAGGCCAGGUCAUACAACAGACAGAUGCGGCCAGCUAUUUUAGAUCACAGCUCUGGGGCCAAGUGGACAAACACAGCAAAUCAUCCUGAAUUUUUGGUAGGAGAAGAGGCACUGUAUGUUAAUCCACUAGAUUCUUAUAAUAUACAUUGGCCUAUUAGAAGAGGGCAGUUGAAUCUCCACACAGGACCUGGUGGCUCCCUCACUGCAGUAUUAGCAGACCUUGAAGUUAUAUGGUCACAUGCAAUACAAAAAUAUCUGGAAAUACCACUGAAAGACCUAAAGUACUACAGGUGCAUUUUACUAAUUCCAGACAUCUAUAACAAACAACACGUGAAAGAACUGGUAAAUAUGAUCCUAAUGAAGAUGGGCUUCUCAGGAAUUGUUGUACACCAGGAGUCUGUCUGUGCUACGUUUGGAAGUGGUUUAAGCAGUGCGUGUAUAGUAGAUGUGGGAGAUCAGAAGACAAGUGUUUGCUGCGUAGAAGAUGGUGUUUCCCAUCGCAACACCAGGCUGUGCCUUGCAUAUGGGGGAUCUGAUGUGUCCAGGUGUUUUUAUUGGCUUAUGCAGCGAGCAGGAUUCCCAUAUAGAGACUGUCAGUUAACUAAUAAGUUGGAUUGCCUGCUGCUUCAGCACCUAAAGGAGACAUUUUGUCAUCUAGACCAGGAUAUUUCUGGAUUGCAAGAUCAUGAGUUCCAAAUCCGGCAUCCGGAUUCUCCAGCUUUACUAUACCAGUUCCGAUUAGGGGAUGAAAAAUUACAGGCUCCAAUGGCUCUGUUUUAUCCAGCAACUUUUGGAAUUGUUGGACAAAAAAUGACAACUUUGCAACACAGGUCACAAGGUGACCCUGAGGAUCCUCAUGAUGAGCAUUAUCUGCUAGCCACACAAAGUAAGCAAGAGCAGUCUGCAAAAGCUACAGCUGAUAGAAAAUCUAUGUCAAAACCUGGUGCGUUUGAGGGAGACUUGAGAGGCCAAGCCUCUGACAUUUCAGAGAGGAUCUACCCACAAGAAGUGGAACUGGGAUCUUCCCAGAGUGACUGUAUGAUAUCUGGAAAUGAUUCAGAAGAACCUUUAACUGCACACAUGUCCAGGAAAACAGCUAUUUCUCAGUUUGAAGGCAAAGCCUUGGGCCUUGACAAAGCCAUUCUUCAUAGUAUUGACUGCUGUGCAUCUGAUGAUACAAAAAAGAAGAUGUACAGCUCCAUCUUAGUAGUGGGAGGAGGCCUUAUGUUUCAUAAAUCGCAAGAGUUUCUUCAGCACCGGAUUCUCAACAAAAUGCCACCUUCUUUCAGAAGAGUUGUUGAAAAUGUUGAAGUCAUCACAAGACCUAAGGAUAUGGAUCCCCGCUUAAUUGCAUGGAAAGGUGGUGCAGUUUUAGCCUGUCUUGAUACCACUCAGGAGCUAUGGAUAUAUCAGCGAGAAUGGCAGCGUUUUGGUGUCAGAAUGUUACGAGAGCGAGCUGCAUUUGUAUGGUAAUGGCUGUGUUUACAGUGGAACCUGCUCAGCUGAGGAUUCCUUUCCCCAAAUGCCCCUUUUUUCCAGUGCAGAAGUAUUAAUCUUCUGCUGAUAGAUAUUUUUGUAUUUUAUUAAAAUUAACUUCAACUGAGACUUUUCCAAAAGUGGUGCAAAAAAUCAUACUGAAUGCACAUCAAUUCAGCAUUGAUAUGCUUCAUCUUUUCAAUUGUAUGUAUUGAAUUCUGUGUACAGAGUAUCACAGUCAUCUCCAAAUUAACUACAUUUAUAUUAUACAGGAUACAUAUAUUAAAAUUGCACAGUAUGGGAAUUUAAAGUAUAGAAUAUUGACGUGGUAGAUGUUAGCCAAGAUUCAUUCCAGAUACACAUACACAGAAGUAAUAGCUGAAGAGUGCAGUCUGUGAGUUGAAUGCCUUAUUCUGAUUCCUGCUAUAAUGUUACCAGGAAAUUAAAUUGUUAUAUAAGUGAUCAUCAUGGAAAAAGUGAAAUGAACCAAACCUAUGCUUGCUGUUGUUAUUUUGUUUAUAUAAUAAAUUAUAUUAUUCAGUGGAAAGACUUAAGAAUUCAUAAGUGGGGCAUUUUUUUCUUCCCUGCUCUCAUCAUCAAGAAGCUGUUGUUAGCUUCUCAUUAUCCACGGUAGUUAUCCACUCUUUUCCAUAUUUAAAAAAAUCCAAUAUAAUGCACACAAAAGAACUAAAUGCAUUUUUAUAUAGCCCACAUGAACCUCAAGCCUGUGCUACUGGUACAUGGGCUUUUUCUCCCCACAAAUAAUCCUUAGUUACAGAUUUGUUAUUUGUUGGUGUUUUUCUUCUGUAAUGAAGGUUCCUGCCACUCCCAGAUCACAACUCAAAUCCAUAUCUGCAAUUAUAAUCUAGAUUAAAUCUAUUAAAACACUUCUAACUGCAAUAAAUAUCAAAGAUCAAUUAAUGUAGUUUCUACAAAGCACACAAGAACUGACUUCCUUUUAAUCUGCUUUCAUUAAAAGUCGUAAAGAAAGAGGAUAUUUCCAUCCAAAUUAUGCUGUAAUCUUACCUGAAAGUGCUUUACUGCAGACUGUGGUUACAUUCUUGUAUUUCAUUUUACUUAAGACUAGGACCUUUGGGCUCUUAUAUUGAAGAAAGCAUACACUACUUCAAAUUUUACUCGCAAGUUGAGACAUCAUUGCUAGGUUUGUUUUGGGGGGAGAAGGGGGAAUUCCCUUAAAGAAAAGGGUCCAUAAUUCCUGUUCUAGACUUUUUUUUUUUUUUUUUAAGUUGCAUGAUUGUGAUACAGAAAAGAAAGUACAUAGAUGCAAAGAUCAACUUUGGAUUUGUUGAUCUACAAAUGGUUCUCCACAGCAAAUAUUUCACAAUUUCACAUCAGUGGGUGCUGACACUUGGACACACUGAAGGGUGUGGUAAAUUACUCUACUUUAAAAGCUACAUUAUGCAUACAACACAAUAUCAAAGAUGCUCUAAAUGCACACUGUAACUCAACAUAACAGCAUCACGAAACCAGCCUUUAAGUCAUGUUGGAAAACCUGUGUGCUUAACUGCAGCUGUGGCUCUCAUCAGUUAACUUCACAAACUCUACACUGGAUAGAGCAGUACUUCUAAAUUACUUGAUGGACUGUGUUCUGGUAUUUACACAACCAAUUCUGCCUGUUUUAUUUGAGUGCAAAUUUCUUAUAAUUUAAUUUCUUAUUAUGGAAGUCAGUUCUCAGUUUGACACAACUUAGAAAGGUUUUGUUUAGGAUUUAUUUCAGCUAAGUAAGCUUGUAUUAAAUAUGGCCCAGUAGCUACAGCGCCCUCCUGUUUGUUCAGCUAUCGAUACUUUUGGCCUUACUCAUUUGGCUCAGUAUCCAGAUAACUGUUACUUUCCUAUUUCUUGCCAUGUACCUCACUGCACGAAGCAGAAAGGUCUCUGCAGAAGUGCUCAAUGUCCUACAUAAGACGGUAUUUCAGACGGAAGUUCGGAGCCCUUGGCAAAAUGUCUUGUGAACUCACCUCAUUGAAAGAAACUGUCAUAUAUUUUUGUGCAGAGGACUGAUUUGUCAUGUCACUGCAGAAUAGGUUAACUGCAAGAGUGAACAUAUUUCCCAUGCUAUUGUUGUUUCUCAUACUUUUACAAGAAACAUCACAUGCAGCACUGGGAGUAUUGGAACUCCAAAGCUAAUACUGUGAAAAAGUGCUAAGCAAACAAAAUAAACUGCAAAAAUGCUCAUGUGA